AUGGGGCACUGGACACUAAUCGCUUCGUUAUGUAGAUGUUAUAAACUAAGGAGCUACAAACUCAGAUUUCACAAUUCAAAGGACUUAAUAACAAUCACUUAUCAUCUGUUCAUCUCAUUCCAAAUGUUAAGUGCUAAAUUACGUUUUUUACGUGGAUUAGCUCCAGUUGUCAGUUUUCAUCAUAAUGAUUCCCUUUUACAUUAUUCUAAUUUAUCAAAUAACAAAUAUGAAGUAUUAUCAAGAAGUUUUCAAUCAGAUUAUAUCAACCUGAAGAAUGUCUCUAAUCAACAAUCUUAUCAUUUAAUUGAAGGAUAUCUACAUAAAUUCUCAUCGACUAUUAUCAGUCAAUCAACAGUGAAUCAUUUUACCACUUCUAAAGCUUCAAUAACUAGACAACAAGCUAAUAAAUCUGUUGAAACAAAGAAUCAAAGUUGUCAAACUGAUAUAUCACAAUCUGAUGUCUCUAUGCAUAGUCUUUCAAUGACUAUUUCACAACUCCUCCAUAAAUUGAAUUGUCAUGAAUUAAAGUGUAUAUCAAAGGGUAAAGAGAAAAAGUUUCCAACAUUAUGGUUGAAUUUAAGUGAAUUAAACUAUUCUCCAGCUCAAUAUAAUCUAGGUGUUUGGUAUGAAUUACAAGCAUCUACGUGUUGUACAUCUCUUCAUAAUCAUAGUAAACAACAUUAUACUAAUCAAGCAAGUUAUUGGUAUAGUUGUGCUGUGAAAAUAGAUUCACAUCCAUUUGCUGCUUAUAAUCUUGCCUGUCUUAUACUCAAUUCUAAUUCACCUCUAGUUUAUAUUGAUUGUUCAGAUAAACAAAUUAUAUUCAGUGUGAAGUAUUUAAUGAAAUUAGCUGCUGACAAGAAUAUUGAACAAGCAAAAAAAUACUUAUCCGAACAACAGCAAUACCAGGAACAAUGCGUUGUUCCAUAG